GGACCUGCAGCCCUCUGCAGGCAGGCAGGCAGAGCCUGCAGCCUCUGGGACACUUUUCACUUACUUUCAGAACAAUUUUCAAACAAGUGCAAGGCUCAGAAAGGACCGUUUGGGAUAAUUGAAAAAUAAUUUGUUCUUCCCCUACCUGGCAUCUUUUGGAACUGGACACAAACUGGGAUAUAUUUCAGUGAUCCUCGGGCGUCAUACGUCAGUGGAGAGAAGAGAGAGCUUUUGCAGAGGGAUACAGAGUGGAGGCAGAGGACAGAGGUGGGCUGGAUGGGGGCCACAGCCGGGAAUGAUGGCAGGAGCCCAGAACACAGUGAGCUCUAAUCACGUCCUCUAGGAGCCGCUAGGUGCUACAGUUCACGUGGAGACCCCGAAAAGGUUGCGUGCCCAUGAGGUCGUCCAUGCUGGUCCUGUUCCUCCUCUUCAGUGCCCAGGCUGUGGCCGCCAUCGGAGGAGCAGCACAGCAGCAGUGUCCAGGCAACUCCAACAACUCCAACUCCAUCCCCACGGUGGACCCCAAACUCUUCACCAAGCGCCGCUACCACUCACCCAGGGUGCUCUUCAGCGCUCAGCCACCUGAUGCAGACCUGGCAGAGUCCCAGGGUGCCGGCAAGAGGGCCCGCAGGCGUGCUGGGCAGCCCCAGCACCGUGGAGUUUACUCGGUGUGUGAGAGCAUCAGCGUCUGGGUGGGCAACAAGACCAAAGCCACGGACAUCUCAGGCAACGAGGUGACAGUGCUGCCAGACGUGAAUAUCAACAAUGUCAACAAGAAGCAGUACUUCUUUGAGACAACGUGUCACAGCGCCCGCUCAGGCAGCUCCGGCUGUUUGGGAAUUGAUGCCAGACACUGGAACUCCUACUGCACCAACUCACACACUUUUGUACGAGCGCUGACUUCCUUUAAGAAACUGGUCGCGUGGAGGCUCAUACGCAUCAACGUGGCCUGCGUGUGUGUGCUUAGCCGCAAGUCAUGGAGGCAGUGAAGACACACGCACAAACACAGUACAAACACAGACAUACUCAUCACCAAAGCCUUUUCACCCUCUGCACAAAGUAAAUUAUUGAUAUAUGUCAAAGUUUUAGGACUGCAUGUAUAUACACCAGACCUGGGUCAAAUAGUAUCUGUCUGUAGCGGGCUUUUUUACCUGUUUAGGAGUCGGCCUACUAAACGUUAAGCUGAUGUUGAUGUGUCACCUAGCAUCUGACUAGCCUAGCUGCAGUUUGUGACAGGUUCAGCUUGCUGAUGUCUAAAGCACACAGAAACCUUAUUUAUCAAACUUCUAAGAAUUACACUUGAAUGGGGAACUCGAUCACUCUAUUUCCACGCACUACUGCAUAAGUGGAAAAAAGUUGUGUAAAGCCUUUUGUGGUUCCAGAGGAAGCUAAUAAAUUGUCUCAAGUGAGGUCACUUGAGUCCGUUGAGACGGAAGACUACAAGUUUGAAGAAUAUGGGGCUGUGCUGUAGAGUGACAAGAAGUGAGCUUACCAGUUCUCUGUAGCUGGCUCCUCAUCUCUGCUAGAGGUUAGCGGCUCGAGGAUGCAUCAGUGUUGCAUUGUGGGUAAUAUAGGCACUAGGUUUUGAUAAGAAAGAAGAAUGCAUGGAAUAAAAAAGACGAUAUAUCUCUGCAUCGAUUUUGAUUCUAUUUUUUUGUUUUUUUAAACGGUCCAUCUUGGAUCUGACAAGAUUUAAGAAAGCUCUAAAAGUAAAUUUAGGGGUAAUAGAAUUCUUAAUUGAGUGUGAAGAAUAAGACACAUUUAUUUAGCGACUUACUCCAGUUUAAAGAUAAGAAGAAGAGUAAAGUUUAGGAGCAUCUCUUAACCCUUGUGUUGUCCUCGGAUCAACUUUGACCCGUUUUUACAUUUUUAUAUAAGAAAUAUGGAUUUUUUCCAACCAAACUGCCCCAAAAUAACUUGAAUGCAUGCAUGUAUGUAGCAUGGAAUCCAUAAAAUAUAUACUGUACAUCCAUGCAUUCAUGUUCUGCAAUGGUAAAAUGAAUGAUUACUUUAAUUGAAUUGUUUUGUUGUUUUAUUUAAUUUCAUUUUUUUUAAAUAGCUUUAUUAUAGUAUCCAAACUUGGACAUAAACUAGCCUGUGAUCCACUCAACAUAAUUCAUGAUUACAGCUUUUUUCAAACUCAAACAUUACGUAUAAUGUCACUUAAAUUAGGUAUAUUGACCAUGAAUUGAAAAAAAGUGUUAAAAAAGUUUUUAAAAACAUAGAAAAACGACAUAAAUGCAGAAAAAAAGAAGAAGUGAAUUUUCAAUUUUGACCCGGAAGGACAAGUUCACGUUUGACGGGAGGACAAUACAAGGGUUAAGCGAUUGUGUGAAAUCUUAUUUCCAGUUUCCAUGUGAAAUAAAUUGUUUACAAAUUAAGCAAUAAAGAAAAUAAAUCUGGAGCAGGAAAGAACAUCUGAUGCUGGUAUUUAUAAUAAGGAAUUAGUUGCACAUUAAAGAUGCAUGCAUGAUUCCAACUAAAUUAAAGCCAGCUUUAUCAUUCUUGUUUGCAAAAAAUCUAAACAAACUGUUGUUACACCCUAUCAAAUGUUCCUUCUUUUUCUAAAUUAUAUAUGUGGCUUUAUACAUUUUUGGUCCAUCAUGAAGCCAAAAUAACAGUUUGUAUAAUCAUAAAACACUCCUUGAAAUGUGUGCACCAACCUUUGUUUCUGUGAUGCAGUCACUCAUUUACCCUUUAGAGCCAACCAGAGCUCUCUUAUAUUUCAGCUGUCACGGAGCUUUGCUUUUAUCUUUCACUCCCUACUGUCACUUCAAGCAGUUUGAUAAGUACAGGCCCAUGUUCCCAGUUGUUAGGGUUGGACAGCCCAUUGGUCAGGGGAUUGGACCUGAAUGUGUUGGCAUGGAUGCCUGGCCAAUCACAGCGCUUAAAUGCUAUGCAGGGCGUUCUUUUUCUGUUUAAAUUUGUGGCAAACUACGCAGGAAAGGCUUAUUGCUGCCCUCCACAGGUCACUUGUAGAAUUUAAACAGCAAAAUUUACAUCAUGCCAAUAAAUGGCAGAUCCUUUCUUGUCCAUGCAGGUAUCCUGAGCAGCUUCAGCAAGAUAAUCUCUUUUUUUUUCUCUCUGAGCUUAUCCACUUUCACUUCCUUAAUUCUCUUUUGACACUGUGCAUGACCCAGCAUGGUGAUUUCCAGCACAGUGCAGGCCCUUUGCUUGUCUUUUCUUCACUCCUUCACAUAGCAAUUGUCCUUCCUGCAUCUCCCACAUCUUGUGACUCCUCUACAGAAUGCAGCAACAUGUCCAUAUUCCUAACAGCAGUUACUUAUACGAGACGUACCAGUGUGUGUACCUGUUGUGGAAAUCACAGAUACAUUUGGAAAACCAAAUGCCAUCAUGUCUGGGUUUCUAACAUCAUCUGGAUGCGCACACAGCUCGGUGUCUGGAAGCAAGUCACACAGCUGUAAUCUCCAACUACACAAACCCUCAGGGCUCUAUCUCUCUGACUUCUUGAUACACACUCAGUGAUAACCAUCCCACCUCUUGUAAUCCUGACUGAUCGUACAUCUCCAGGUUUCCCCCAAACCUUCCUGUCUGACAUCAUCAUCCCAACAAGAGAUGUCUUCUCUUUUCUCAUUGACUGUGUGGAAUCUCUAAAAUAAAUACUCCGUUUUCUUUUCUUUUCAAAUCCUCCCCUUUCCUCAUUUCCACUUUCACUCUCGGAUUUCUGCUCUGACGCCAUUUCCACCAUCUGGGAAAGUCCAAUCCAUUAUCUCCCUUCCAGCAGCAAGGAGCUGGCCAUCGCACAGCUAGAAAGAUAAAACCUCUCCUGGCUAGCAAAUCCUUUCCGUUGAGGUAAAUGUCUGCUGUUUGGUGAAGGCUUCUCCUUAUUGUUGUUGUCUCUGGUCCUUUUAUGAACCAGAGAGGAAUUCUGGGAGUCCAAUCAGAACAAAGGCGUCACCAAUUAAUGUCAAUCAAUGUUCCGACAGCUAGCAAAGGUAAACAAUGUACAUGGGAGAAGUUAUCCUCUGGGGUUUUCCUGCUAGAAAGGGUCUAGGUUAACCCAACCGUGAUAUUUUCCUAAACCUAACCCAGUAGUUUGCUGACUAAACAAGACUCCUGGCAGAAAAUGCAUUCUGCCCUAAAAGUCCAACUUCUACCAUGUGCGCAAAGCACUCAAUCCUUUCAUCAUAUCAGUCUAGUUCCACGUGACCUUUAACCUCCUUUCAACCUCUGCAGCAGAUGUUGUUCAAACCUCAGAUCCCAUGACCUCUGGUGGCAGUUAGGUGCCCACUACAAGACACAGGAACUGGUUUAAACCACAGACCGUUUAAAGGAAGUUUUACCUAAACCACAGGCGCGUUUCAAACGUGUGAAGACACAGCAGUGGUGUUUAAGAAACUACAUGAUUUCAUGGGUCUUAAACCUUAAACAGCAGCCAAGUUAGUGACAGAGUUUUAGCAACUCAAUCAUGUUGAUUAUAGUGUUUUUCUGCCACUCAUUAUAUAUUCCUACAGCGCACCCCACUCACUGUAAGUAGACUGAUGCAACCCACACGCUUUGGAAAUACAAUUUGACCCAGGUCUGACAUAAGCAUACUUUUUGUUAAAAUGUUGUUGUUGAUUGUUAUUUAUUAAACACGUAUACAUGCAC